CCCCUAUUUGCGUUACAAGAACUGAAUGCCCAACUUUUAUUUCACAGGCCUCUUUGCAUCGAGUACUUUCCUCGUUUUCAACCUUGCCGCCCGUAUCAUUCCCUGCUUGCCUCCGUUAGAGAUUUGUGUGUACGCUGUCCGGUGCCGCCAUUCAAAUUCUCUACCAGGUUUAAAUCCUAGCAGCGAUGAAGCGAGGAGCGAAACGCGCUGCCAUUUCUGAUUCCAGCAUCGAUCCCACCGAUGUCCGUUUACGAUGUAAGAGAGUAAUGGAGGCACCAUCUUUUGGUAAUCACAUUGCCGAAUCUUCCCAUCAAGAUGUGAGGGAAAGAUCACCUUUAGAUGUUCAACGGGCAAACCUAUCAUUGCAGCAUGUGAGGGCUCUUAACACACAAUUUGCAAGUUGGGUCCAAUCACAACUACAAAAUCAUCUUGAUGAAUUAUGGAUAGAUGGUGUCAAGGACUAUCAGUCUCAUGCUUCAAAUAUCUUGGAAGAAUUCAAGGAUGUUGUUGAGUGGCUUAGAGAAAAUGCUGCAAAAUCACAAAGCAACCUGUCUACAAGUACACCAAGUGUAGAGGGCAAGGCUCCUAUCACUCCCCCAACAAACCUUGAAUCUCCAAAUGCAGUUGUGCCACCUAAUUUUUCACUGCAAGAAUCAAGCAGCAAACCUGCUUCUAUUUCACCUAGUAGUCAGAUCGAAUCAAUUUUUGUGUCCAAAAGCGCUGAAUCAAAUCCAAAUUCUGAUAGAAACCUUGCGUCUGGCAAAAUGGUCAUGCCUCCUACUGUUUCAGUUCCACAAACGCCAAGCUUGUUUUUCAAUUCCCAGAGCAGGUUGAGCUCCAAUACGGACAAUGAAUUAUCAAAGGAAGCCCCAUCUGCCAGCUUGCCAUUUUUGCAGAAUUCAAGCUUAUUUUUUAGUUCACAAAGUGGGGAAUUCUUUUCCACGAGCGGAACAAAAGCACCUAUCUUCUCUGGUGGUCAGUUUUCUACUCCGCAGAAAGUAGAAACAGGCGAUCCAGAUGAAGAAGGUGAAUUGGAGCAGCCAAGCAGCCCUUCUCUCAAAAAGAUUGAAGAAAAGGGAGUUUCCAUUGUUCAUGAAGUUAAAUGCAAGGUCUACAUAAAGGACAGCCCAGCUGAGAAUCGUUGGAAAGAUAUGGGCACAGGCCAUCUCUCCAUCAAAUGCAAAGAAGGUGUCCCAAAGGCUACAAAAGAAUCCAAGCCAACGAUCAUUGUUCGGAAUGAUGCAGGAAGAAUUUUACUCAACGCUCUCAUAUACCCUGGCAUUAAGAUGAACAUUCAAAAGACUUCUAUUGUCUCAAUCUUUCACACUGCUGGUGGCGAACAAGGAGAUUCAAGCCAAGUAAUUGCACGCACAUACUUGCUAAGAUUGAAAUCCUUGGAAGAUACUACAAAACUGGCCGAAACAAUUAAGGAAUAUACUCCAUCAACAUGAAGACUGAAUGCAGUCUUGAAAUCCAUUUUCUUUUUGUGAUUCAGUGAUCUAAUAUUUGUAGUGUUAAAUCAUCUCUUUACUGGUCCUUAAACUUUAGGUCAAUGUGUUUUUCAGUUCAAAGAGCAGAAGGGCGACAAGCUCUGAAAGCGUGAGAAGUUAGAAGAAAUCUUCACAUGAAAUUUUCUGAUUUGAUCAAAUCAAUCUUCACAUGAAAUCUUCUUACUCAUAUGCUUUCCACAUUUCCUCUCUCUCUCUCUCUCUCUCUCUCUCUUUAUAUAUAUAAGAGGUUAUGUACCCCGAAUUAUUUUUGUCACAUUAUUAUUUGAUUAGAUGAAUCAAUAAAAGUUCUCCAAAUUAAUGUUUGUUA